GAAGCUCACCUUGGCUCAUGACUGUGAUCGCUGCAAGCGGUUAAUAUAGCACUUCCCAGAAGAGACUCGUCGGAAACUCACAAACAGGAUGACAUUAUGGAGCCUCGCUCCUUGCUCCUCAAAGUUUGCUGCUCCGUUACUUCGAACUGGCUCCUUCUCACUGAGGACGCCGAAGCGCACUGGUCUCGUGACGGCUCUGAGUUCACCCUAUCGCAACUUGUCUAGUGCAUCAAUGAGUACCCCCUACCCCGGCCAGAAAUCAGCACUGAAUGUUGUCUUGGGUACGAUGUCCUUCGCUGCCCCGGGCACCAACGGAGCUCGCGUGUCCGACCCCAAAGAGAUCGAGGAGAUGGUCGACCUUUUCCUCAGCCAUGGCCACCGCGAACUCGAUGCGGCGCGGUUCUACGGGGCCGGUACCAACGAGCAGCUUCUCGGCAACAUGGACUGGAAGGCCAAGGGCGUGUUGAUGGAGACCAAGCUCUUCUCUGUGCCGCCCGAACUGGGGCUCAAGCACAUCGGCGAUCAUUCGCCUGAGAGCAUCCGCAAGUUCUGCCAGAUGUCGCUCGACGCUCUCAAGACUGACCAGGUUGAGAUGUGGUAUCUGCACGGCCCUGACCACCGCAACUCUUUCGAAGAUUCGCUGCGCGCGGUCAACGAACUUUACAAGGAGGGGAAAUUCAAACGCCUGGGCAUCAGCAACUACACCGCCUGGGAGGUUGCCGAGAUUGUCGGGAUCUGCGAACGGCAUGGAUGGGUAAAGCCUACGGCAUACGAAGGACUUUACAACGCGAUCCACCGGGCGGCGGAGCCAGAAUUGUUUCCUUGUCUUCGCAAGUUUGGGAUUGCGUUCUACGAAUACAACCCACGUCAGUAUGACGUCUUGGCGGAGGCUUCUUCACUGGGCGUUACACCGGCGCAGACAGUGGAGCGGACCCUGGGUCUCGCUUCGACAGCAGCCAUGCAGCUGGCACGGCAAGUCAUGUACCGGAAGCGCUACUGGAAUGACAACUACUUUGAAGCGCUUGCCGAGAUCAAACAGGUUGGCGAGAAACAUGGGCUCACGUUGCCCGAGAUUGCGCUGCGCUGGAUUAAUCACCACUCUCUCAUGAAAAGGGAGCACGGUGACUCGAUCCUCAUCGGUGCUUCUCGGAAGUCGCAUCUAGAACAGAAUCUCGUCGAUCUUGAGAAGGGACCCUUGCCGGAGGAAGUGGUCAAGGUGCUGGAUGACAUGUGGGACACGAAGCUCAAAGGUGUUUGCUCAAGCUAUGCAUUCGAUUUAUACAAAAAGUAAGAGAGACGUAUCCAGCGGCAAUUUACACAGCAAAAAUAUAAAACGUUGAUUACUUGUUUGAACUAACUAGAAGAUGAUGUGUCCUGAUCGGUGUUGGUCACUCUGAAUGCAGUCUUGCUGUCGCGGGCAACAGGAGCUCCGUAGACCGAUCUGGACGCAGUGGAGUCUGCGUAGCUGGGGGGCGGCAUGGCCUCUGGCGGAUCAGGCGCGGCGUGGGCAAAGCCGCCGCCGACUUCGGCACGAGACACAUUGAAUCUGUUUUCCACCUCAGGCUCGGGCUUAUCUUGAAUGCUAUCCUCUGUGCGUGUCGAGCUGCGUGAGUUCGUGCGGCGCGGUCUUUCGUACGUCGUGAACUGUGUCGGCGACAUCUGCAUGGUGUGGCCCACAGGAGUAUCCUCACGCGGCUGUUUCCGUCGGCGGAAGUAGAGAAAAGCAACAGCGAGGCCAAUGGCAACCACGGCGAUGGCGAGGCAGAUGAUCGCCACCGAGCUCAAGUCCUGGUGAUGGCUCUGGUCGCCGCUGCCGUCUGUGCUCGCCAUAAUUUGGGGCACGCUCGGUGCGGCGAGAACAUCGGAUGUGCCGAGCAGUUGUUUCCAAGGUGCCAUCCCAAACUUGCCCUGAACGACGGCCGAAGUCAGCGAGAUAGGCGGCAAGGCCAGAAAAGCGCUGGGGCUGCUGAAGUUCGCACUGAAACUCCAGGACUGGUCGGUUACGACAGUAUCCGAGCUGCCGUCCGCGUAUCCGACCUGCAUCGCUGCGAUGAACCCAGCGGACGACACAUCCGGGGUCUGCGUGUGACCGGGGAAAUUCUGCGCUAUGACGUCAAAGACGAGGGACGUCGAGUCAGCCGGAAAUGCGACUUGUUGCGCAUAUGUCCAUGACUGAUAAACUUCGUUCGCAGUAUUCGGGUCGAAGGGGGGUGCAGCGAUGUACACCUCGUUGACAUACAGCGAGAAAGUGUUGUCGCACGUGAUGAGAGCGGUACCAGAAAUAGCUUUCUUGCCAGCCGGGAUCGAGAACGUCUUUCGAAAGCCGAGAGUCCCGACAGGUGCGGCAACGGAUGCGUUUGCGAUUGACCAGAUCCACGAGCUGCCGUCCAGUGAGAGGGGGGAAGCCGACGCCCCAGCAGAUGGUGCUGGUGGCUUGGGAAGGGUGCGUGUGACGACUGGCGGGAACAACGACAAAUCCUGCGGGUCGGGGAAAGUGGUUGGCACAUUCGCGGCCGCCAACCAGUUCGAAUCUGAGACAAAGGUGCUGGACGGCGUCGACCCGGAAAAGUCGACCUGAAUCGACGCACUGAUCGCCGGUGUGCAAGUGCCAUUCUGCACCAACACUGAGAAGAAGUUCUGGGUCGUGUUCAGCCCGACGCGCGCGACUAUAGGCGUGGUGAGGUUCUUCGUCUGCUGCCCCACCGGUUGCCCAUUCACCCAGAGGGUGACAACAUCAUAGCAAACAGCGUUGACUGUCACGGUCGCAUUCGUUGCGGGUUGUCCCACCGUCGAGACCAGUUGUUUGAAGAAUCCGACUUGCGAUGUCGAUUUGUCGAGGGUUCCGUCAGAGGAAGCGGCCGAUAUCCAUGCUGCGGAUGCAGAUGGCUGUGCGCCCCUCGGCGUCAGAGACGCUUGUCGGCCACGAAUGACCCGGGCAUCGACGUCUGAGCUCUUUUGUCAACG